AUGAGGAUAAUUACUCUACCUCUUACAACAGGACCCGCUCGAAUAUCUGCAGCUGCUGCUGCUAACCAAACCCGGUUCACAUACUUUGACUUUCAAAGUCCUAUCAAUGCUUUGCAGUCAGCGUCAGUCAUGCCAGCAACUUCCAGAUGGCUUCCAAAUAGUGCCCAAAUAUCCAGCCUGGCUGCAAUAAAAGCUGCUAGUGUGUGGUCUGAAUUCGGCAAAGCUGAAGGAGGGUGGAAAUUAAAAGCUUAUGAAACUGGACAAGCGCUUAUAGACAAGACAGAUUUUGAAGAGUUGGCUUUAAGAAGUUUCAAUCCGUCCGAUAUUAAUUGCCAAGAUACUGUGAAAAUUCCCCUGAUAUAUCCCCCCUCUGUAUUUCCACCCUCAGCAUCUGCAGUUCUCGCUGAACUUCAAGCCCAUAUUGCGUCACGUAUCGAACUUCAUAAAAAGGGUUUGUAUCUAUGGUCGGCAGCCAUCCCUCCUACUCUCCCGCUCAAACUUAUUCCUAUCAUUCCCAAUUUUCCAUUUUUCUACUCUGCAUGGCGUGCAUGGUCGCACUAUCAAGCCAAAACGUCUGCUGAAUACUUGCAAUCUCUACUCAAACACAAUGCAAUUGUUCCGGAAGCCAGCUCAGAGCUGGACGAGAUAUACCUAGUACGGCGGCAGCGUCUUACCAUUGCGACGGCUGAAUCUGAUAUACAGCGUGUGAUUUUGACUCACGAUGAUAUCCCCUCCCUCGUUUUGUUUUGCUCUGUAGAUUCGGCAAGCCUGAAACGGGCGAUUGAACAGGUUGCAGACCGACUUGGUAGAAAUUAG